GCUAAAUUACUGUUAUAGUUUGCACAUAUCCUCCUGUGGCGAUACACACAAAGUAUUGCAAUGGUUACGAAUAAACAAUAGUCAUACUAAUUACUUAUUACUUUUUACUUUUAACUUGCGUUACCUCGUGGAAAUAAAAUCUUUAUCCGUUUACAUCACGCUUUAUUUUUAACUCGUUUUUUUCGAAACCCAUAAAUUUGGUGACCCCGACGUGAUUGCGAAACGGUACCGCGUGAUAUUUUUUUUUCCGGUAAACUCAGUUUUCGGUGUUUUACGGAUUUCGAAAAAAAAACGGACCUACACGCUACAAACGACACGACUAUGGUGACUUCCGUUUUAACGACAGCUUCUUCAACAUGCCUAACGACGAAAAGUCCAACGAGCAGCAGGCCAAUGACAACCACGUGGCCGCGAUAAACGUCGUCAAACUUCCAUGACCGCUAUGGCGACAAAAUCCAGCCAGAUACUUCACCGUCGUAGAGAACACUUUCCUACUCCACAAGAUAACCUCAGACACGACGAAGUACAGGCACGUGAUCAACACCUUGGAGCCGGACCUCAUCGACCUCGUGGGCGACAUCAUCGAAGAUGACUCCGCGGAAACGAGGAUGAAGAAACUUCUCCGUGGCCAACCGAUGGGAGACACGAAACCAAGCGUGUACAUCCAGAAAAUGCGAAGUCUGGCUGGCGGAAGAUGUGACGACGCCAUCCUGAGACCACUCUUCUUGGAGCAACUCCCUGAGCAAGUACAAUCCAUCCUGGCUGUGAGCAAGAACACCGACCUGUCCGAGAUAGCGGAUCGUAUCAUGGGCACGAUUCGACCAUCGAUAGCGGCAGUUCACGUGGCGCAUCGCUCGACGUCCGUCUCUCCAGAUAUACCAAGGACCACUUUCGCCGGAGGCCUACGACCUUGGUCAGAUCAUGCUAGCGAUCAACCAACUACGCAGCGACUUUGA